AUGGUACCACUUGAUAUGACAAUAAACGAAUGUAUUGUAUUAACACAUUUAACUGCUGCUGCAAUUUAUGUUAACAAAACUGCAUUACAAGGAUUUUUAUUAUGGCGACUAAGAAAUAUUGGAGAUGAUGAUUAUAAAAAAAAUGAUUUAUGUAUUGGCACCUUUGCUCAAUUUUUUAAAUUAACACCAGAAGCGUUUUAUGAUGAAAAAGAAAAGGCCUAUUAUUGUAGUCAGGGAGUUGAUAUGGCUAGGACUCCAGUAUUAGGAUUCUUAUUAACUGAUUUACUAAUUGAUAUUUAUGUGACACUUCGCUUUACGCAAAUUUUAAACAAGGCAAAUGAAACUGAAUCACUUAUGGUAGGCGGAACAAAAGGAAGAAAAAUAAGUUAUAUAGUAUCUGGAAUCUAUAGAGAAAACGGGGAAAAGUUGUCCUUUUAUAUAAACAAUACACAGUUAUUACUUCUAAUAGGAUUGUCAUAUGCAAUAACUGUUGAUGCGGAGAUAGUGAGAAUGAUUGAAGGUAAAAAAAAACCAUCACCAAUCAAUUAUAAAUCAUUCAAAAAUACAUCACGACGACCUGCUAGAAAUGUACACGAUAGCUUAAUAGUAAAUGAAGGUGAAACAAAAGAACUUUCUGUCAAUAUUACUAGUAUAAAUAUAAUUAAUCAAGACGAUCGAGGGAUAGUAAAUGAAAGUGAAACAAAAAAACUUUCUGUCAAGAUUACUAAUAAUGAUGCUAUAAUUAAUCGAGGGAUAAUAAAUGAAGGUGAAACAAAAGAACUUUCUGUCAAUAUUACUAAUAAUGACGCUAUAAUUAAUCAGGACGAUCGAGGGAUAGUAAAUGAAGGUGAAACAAAAGAAUCUUCUGUCAAUAUUACUAUAUAG